AUGAGGUUAUUUUUCAGUCAUCCGUGGAACACGGUAGUGAGUGCAGCAUGGCGAAAGUAUCCGAAUCCGAUGAAUCGUGCAGUGACAGGUAUAGAUGUGCUGAAACAAGAAGUACGCGAUAACCACUCGAUACGAUCUGAAAGAAUCAUCCAGAGUCGUUUCUCUAUACCUUCGUGGGCUGCCAAGUUAACUGGAUUUUCGGGUACGCAAUAUUCUUACGAGAUAUCUGAGGUAGAUCCAGCUAAACAAACGUUGACAUUGACGACGAGAAAUUUGAAUGGAUCAAGUUUCUUGAAAGUAGACGAGAAAUUGACGUACGCUCCAGAUCCUGAAAAUUCGCAAAGUUGGCUGUUACAAGUGGUCGUUUCAGCUAAUCAUUGUAAAACGACUUUUAUGGCGAUGAAGAGAAAGAAAAAAUGUGUUUUAACGGGAAUCAGUCAUAAUGAUAGCAGUGAUAAGGGUCUCAAUAAUUUCAGAACGAUUUUACGUCAAGAAGCAGCUGUAACCGUUAGUUUACCAGCAUUCACAGAUUACUGCGAGAAGACAUUCCUGAACGUUUAUGAAUGCAAC